AUGGAUUUAAUCGAAGAUAUAAGAAGGAAAGUUCGUUUAACAGAACACACUGUUCAUAAUGUGACUAGUACAGAUUUCCCAGGUACAUAUGAGGGAUAUGACGAUGCCUGGAGCCAUGAAAGAUUUGAGGAGACAUUUCAGGUUGACAUUGUGAGUUUGUCUGGCUGUGAUAUGGAGUUUGAUAUGGUCGGGAUUGAUGCAGCCAUUGCCAAUGCUGUCCGGAGAAUUCUCUUAGCAGAGGUGCCGACAAUGGCUAUAGAAUCGGUUCAUAUUUGGAACAAUACAUCCAUUAUACAAGAUGAGGUUUUGGCUCACCGACUUGGUCUGAUUCCCAUCAAGGCUGACCCUCGCCUGUUUGAAUAUAAGCAGAAGGAUUCAACAGACCAUUCCAGUGAGGACACGCUCCAGUUCAAGCUGAAGGUGAAAUGUACCAGAAAUAACAUCGCCACUGAUGCCACAGACCCUGAUGUUUUAUAUAAACAUCACAAAGUGUACACAAGAGACAUGGAGUGGCUUCCUUUACCUGGCCAAGAUCAUUUAAAAAGUAAAGGUAUCCGGCCAGUUCAUGAAGACAUACUGAUCACUUCGCUGAGACAGGGACAUGAACUGGACCUGGAACUCUUCUGUGUGAAAGGAAUUGGUAAAGAUCAUGCUAAGUUUUCCCCAGUUGCUACAGCAUCUUACAGACUGUUACCAGAGAUCCGUCUGCUUCAAGAGUUUCACGGCGAGCAGGCUGAAAAGUUGCAGAAGUGUUUCUCUCCAGGUGUCGUUGAGCUGGUGGAGAGACCUGAUGGAACAAAAGUGGCAAAAGUUGUGAAUGCCCGCCUGGAUACUUGCAGCCGAAAUGUCUUCAGACACGAGGACCUGAAAGAAGGGGUGUCACUGUCCAGAGUCAGAGAUCAUUUUAUUUUCUCUGUGGAAUCCACAGGAAUUCUACCUCCCGAUGUCUUAGUCUCUGAAGCCAUCAAGAUUCUCAUGGGAAAGUGCCAGAAGUUUCUGCAAGAACUUGAAGAUACCAGCUCUCAUACAGCUAAACAGAAGAAAGGCAAAAAGUUAUAG